AUAUUAUUAGUGAAAGAUGGAUGAAUGAUGAGAGGACGGUUAGCAGACGGACAGGAGAACCGCUGUCGCAGAGGACAAGAAGAAGAGGGAGGAUGAGAGAGGGAAACAGUCUGCUGUGACUUUGGAGAUAUCUCUCAGGCAAAGUGAGGGAGAAAAAGGCAAGACGCCACACUCUGAGGAUGCCAACAAUUCACCGUGUGUGAGAGGAAUAAUUAUCAUGUGUCGGAAUUAUUGUGGUGGACCAACAUGUCGAUUUUGGCAACCUUUUGUCGCGCAGCAGCGUUUCACUGUGCGUAAGACGGCUAAACACGCAUUUUAGAAAUACAAAAUUGCUGCUAGGGGUAUAUUUUUUGAAGCAUCAUUUGUGCUUGGCUUUCCUAAGGAGAUUUGUUUUGGGGGUAAAGGAGGACGUGUUUUUUAUAAAGAGGCGACCCCCCUCCUCCUCCCCCUUACAUAAAUGUUUGCGUGCCGUUAGUGCUCUCGUUCUCUGUCGACCCCCCUCUCCCUCUCCCUCUCCUCUGAAUAGGUUUGCUGAGUCCCACACGCAGACAGUCGCAUCUCAUAUGCACACAGACCUGGACAUUAUCUCACACGCACGCAAACACACAUAUGCAUACAUUAUUAUACAGACAGACCUCACCCCCCUCACCCACCCGACCCUCUCACUCACCACUAUCUGAUGACUCCCCGGCGUAGAGGUGGACGUGGUACGGAACCGACUGUAGCAUCAUCAUCAUCCUUAACACUACCACUGUCAUCCUCACCAUCCUCCUCUUCCUCACUACCACCAUGUCUUCGUCGUCGCGCAAGAUCUCCUCGGAGUCGUUCAGCAGCUCGGUGGGCUCAGACUGCGGGCUGGAAAGCCCCGGGGGAGACGCGGGGGAUGGAGGUUUGGAGCCGGCGGAGGAGAUCCGAGGUUGCCCCUUCUCCUCUCUACACUCUUCCCACAGAGCGGUGCUCUGGAACGGCCGCAGCCCCGCUGAGAGGCCGGCGUGUCCGGUGGUAGAGGAGCAGCCAGGACCCGGGGCCCCCCACAAGAGGGUGACCAGGAGAAGACGGGUGAACCUGGACUCGCUGGGGGAGAUCCUGAGGAGACUGACCUCACCCACGACACAGACUGUUCAGGAGGCUCUCCAGCGAACUCUACAUUUCUACAGACAACAAGAAAUCCGGUGUCAGGAAGUUGGCAGUGAGGAGAGACGGAAAGAGAGGAGAGAUGAGAAGUGCCCAUUCUUAGAAAAUUCAGGUUCGGAAGAAGAUGUCCUACAAAUCCUGCAGUACAUGGCCACCAUACUGGGCAUACCAUUCUGUGAGCUGCGAGAGCAUUUCGGAGAGGAGUUCUUUGGCCUCUGCUUUGAAGAAAAUGAACGAGUGCUUCGGGCUGUAGGCGGCAACCUCCAGGACUUCUUCAACGGCUUUGAUGCCAUCUUGGAACACAUCCGCACCUCCACGGGUCGCCGGGCCUCAUCUGAGAGCCCUUCUUUCCAGUGCAAGGACCCCUAUGAGGAGGAGACAGGGAGAAGACAUUUGGACAAAGUUGGAGAGCGAGGAGAAACAGAUGGAAGAGGGAAGGAGUUGCUUCUUCACUGUUUCAACCCGGGCCCUGUGGUUGGAUUGGUCAUGCCAGGGUUAAUCAGAGCUGUUGCCAGGCGGAUCUUUUAUUCAGAAGUUGAGGUGGAAGAGGUGCCUCCACUAACUCCCUUAUUGCCCAAUGAAGAUACAGAACACACAGACGAUGACUCCACAACCCCAACCCCAACCCCGACUGUGUCCCCCACCGCCUCACCCUCGUCGUCCCCGUCCCCGUCCCCUCCCUCUCCUUUCCAAACCUCUGUUCCCACAGUUUGCUUGUCCUUCCAAAUCCAGGAGACAAGCCCUCCUUCCCUCCCCUCCCUCCCAAAUUCUGCGCCGGUGUGCACUAAACGCCCCCUCCUCCCACUCUCCACCAACCCCAGCGAUCUGCGCAUUGGCCUGGCCACGUUUUGCCGUGCCUUUCCGUUUCACCUCGUCCUGGGGCCUCGCAUGGAGCUACUGCAGCUCGGAGAAGGACUGAGGAAACAGGCUCGCAUUGAGCCGCACCGGUGCCACGCGUUCAGGGACUGUUUUGAGAUUGUCUCACCCAAGAUGGAGCCUUCGUUCAAGGGCAUCCUGCUGAGGCUUGCAUCCCCGUUUACCAUCCGCACCAGGCCUGACAUCACACAGUCUGGCACCAAGGAGAAGGUCAUGGAGUUGAAGGGUCAAAUGAUCCAUCUGCCCGAGUCCAGCUCCAUGAUCUUUCUGGGCUCGCCACGUGUCGACAAGUUGGAGGAGCUGAUGGGCAGGGGUCUCCACUUGUCAGAUAUCCCCAUCCAUGAUGCCACGCGAGAAGUUAUCCUGGUGGGGGAGCAGGCCAAGGCCCAGGAUGGCCUAAAGAAGAGGAUGGACAAACUGAAGGCCACGUUAGAGAAGACUCACCAGGCACUGGAGGAGGAAAAGAGGAGAACCGUGGAUCUCCUUUAUUCCAUAUUUCCGGGUGAUGUUGCACAGAAACUGUGGCAGGGUCAGCCGGUGCCAGCACGCAAAUUUGAUGAUGUGACCAUGCUGUUCUCAGACAUCGUGGGAUUUACUGCCGUGUGUGCCCAGUGUACACCUAUGCAGGUCAUCUCAAUGCUGAAUGAGCUUUACACACGCUUCGACUACCAGUGUGGCAUUCUGGAUGUUUAUAAGAUCGAGACAAUAGGCGAUGCCUACUGUGUGGCGGGAGGACUUCACAAGAAGGUGGACAGUCACGCCAAGCCGAUCGCACACAUGGCCCUGAAGAUGAUGGAGCUUUCUGAAGAAGUGCUGACUCCUGAUGGGAGACCUAUCAAGCUAAGGAUCGGGAUCCACACAGGUUCGGUUCUGGCAGGCGUGGUCGGGGUUAAAAUGCCACGUUACUGCCUGUUUGGGAACAACGUGACACUGGCCAGCAAGUUUGAAUCGGGGAGCCAUCCGAGAUGUAUCAAUGUCAGUCCCACAACUUAUCAGUUGCUGAAAGAUGACCGCUCCUUUUCAUUUGUCCCUCGCUCAAGGCUGGAGCUCCCAGAUAAUUUCCCCAAAGAAAUCCCGGGGACAUGUUACUUCCUGGAGGCGGGAACAUCUCACAGCCACGCCUCAUUGACCAGCUCUCGCUCUGCCCCCCCGGCCUCUAUGAGGAAAGUGUCCUACAGCAUUGGGACCAUGUUUCUAAGGGAAACAAGUCUGUAGGUCCCGUACACGGACUAGGAUACGCAGAUAUUCAUAAUGAGAGAGGCUGGAUUUGAACCUAUGGAACAUGCAGGGAACAGAUCACAGAGAAAAAAUGUGGAUAUGCAACAGAGUUCUCUGAAAACUUGUAUUCAGACCUGUGGGCUGGCCAAUAUGAAUGAACUUGUUGCGUCAUUGUAGGUGAAAAAAAACAACAUGUCCUCAUCUCACCUGAGCAGAGAGAUAUGGUUCAUAAAACUUGAGGAACAGCAGUUGAGUUAGUCUCACACGGACCCGUCCCUAAGGAAGUGUAGUGAUGGGGCGAUGAGCAGAGAAACCUUAAUAUAAAACACAGUGAUCUAACCAAGUUCCUAGUUCUCUUCCAAACAGCACCUUGACGUGGGUCAAGAGGCAACAAUUCUUGGAGGAAAAUCAUUACCACUGUUGCACACAUAAGCAAUGGAAUUGGGCAAACAGAACAUAUCCAAUUCCCAUUAACAAGGACGAGGCAGAAGAAUUAAGUUGUAUGAACUUUAGAGGAUGGCAAUAUUGUGCUUCAUGGCCUCUUGUGCAAGUUAAACCCCUGCUGAAGAACAAUACAACUCCCCUUUCAACUGUCCCUAAAUCAUGUCAUGCUUUACCAAACAUACUUCUAACAUCUGCUGCUCGUUACAUCCAUCUUCAAAAGACAUUUGGUGGGUGUGUGGGAGAGGACGGAUGAGAGGCACAGACAAGGAGAUAGGUUUGAAGAGGGGUCAUCAAAGGACAAAUGCCAAAUAACGCUACUGCUAAGCUGAUCUUAGAGCCUUUUAUGCUUCUAAUUCACAGGAAACUAUAACCAACAAUAAUACAGCCAUUUCAUUACAGGUAAUAUGUUUAGGACUGAAAAUUAUUCCCAGCUCAGUGCCUUUUUACUGCUCAAAUCAGAACAAACACAAGAUGGGUUAGUUUUAAAUAUUUGAAAAUAAAAUAAAACACAAGAGCGCUUCACUUAUCGAAUGUUUCUAUUUUUUUUAAAUGUCUUUUUCUUCGCUCUAGGCCACCAAAAGUUACAACUAGUAAGUUCUUUAAUUUGAGAGGGUAAUAAGUGACAAGAUAAAUCAAGCGCUUCUGAAAUAUUAAACAUAUUUAAAAUUCUAUCCAUCUUUGUUUUGUCCGGAUCAACCAAUAAUACACACAAUAUAGUACUAAUAAUAUAGUACUAUACUAACUUGUACACAUAGUCGAAGUAUGCAUGCUUGACACGGUUCACAUUGACAUACGUAAUAUUUUUUAAUUGCAUUGUUUUUUUUACCACAUUUAUAUAAAAGUAUACACUAACCCAAUGCAAAUGUAACCAACAGGAUUCAAAUUUAAGUCUACUAGUUUGCUGGUAGACUGAGUAUAAUUGACUCAGUGGAAAUCUCAGGCCUUCCAAAUACUUCUGCGUAGCUUAGUAACCCAGACAUGGGAAAACAAGUUUUGAGCAAGAGAAGCUUCAUUAUCUGUCGUAAAGUGAGAAGACAAGGGUCGAAGUUGGAUAGUCUUUGAAUAUUUGACAGGCUUGUCACAUUUGAAAACCUACUUCAUGUAAUUAACAUUACAUUCCUGCCACCGUUCUGGUUGUUGACAUCACAUACAUGUGACAUCAGUGGAGUACAAAACAUACAUUUUAUAUCAAUUAAAGGUGUUGCCGAGUUGGCCCUCAGAGAAGAUAAUUGUAUUUAGUCUCAUGAAAUAUUAUGUUUUUAUGUUGAUAGAAAUGUGUUCUAUAACCAAACAAAGUACUUAGAUAUGUGUUAACAUCACAUCCCACUUUCAGGCUAUUAUAAAUGAAAAAGAAAGAUUUGAAAUCUAGAUUGUUUCAACUUAAAGUACUAAUACCUGUGCGUGCUUACCCUACUUGGUGUCAAAUAAAAAUGUUUUCUUAAUUGUACAACAGCAUCACAAUAAGGCUUACUUUACUGAUAAAACAACCUACAUGUAAUAACUCAACUGUUAAUAGCUGCUCUUCUAAAGACAUCGUUUGACAAUGGAAAACUCCAGCACAGGGUUUAUUUAUCUUUUCAAUCACAAACCUUCACCAGGAAUGGAAAGAGACUGGCAAGUUUUAAUUUCAUUGCAUCUGACACAGUUGAUGUAUCUUUAAAACUUUAAACUUGAAAUGUGCCAAUUUAAUUCUGAGAAAACACCAGCACAGGCUUAUCAAAGUAAAGGAUUUGGUUCCUGCUGUCAGUUCAAUCAGGAGAGAUGGUUUUGAUGUAAGAAUACAUAUGUAUUGCCAGGAAUACACAAAUUAAUGUAAUGGAGUUUUGGCGAUUAGGCCCCGUUGUGCAGGAGUAUCAUUCGGGAGGGGAGAACCGAUCCGAUGAAACCCCCCUGGGGUCUAGACACUGGCGGUGGUGAAUUGAUAGUUGGGUUCGAUCUGAAGGGGAGUGGCUUAGCUUGACCCUGGAUUCGAGGGACAGGAGUGGCUGAGAUGGACACCAGCAUAACAAAGCAAUGUGCCAUAUAUGAAUAAAUGAUGGGAGGGGAAGCUAAAAAAGAAAAAGAAAAGCACUAAUUUUCACCUGCCAGUGUUUGAAUCAGAUCGUUUUUGAAAUGUUGGUAAUUAUUGUCAUAAAUAUUUCCAACAUCAUUCCUCUGACAGCCGUAGCAUUAGUUAGCUUGGAACGCUUGCACAUUUACAAAAUGUAUGACCUAUUUUUUCAAUUGUUUCCUGUUCCUUUAAGUGUUCUAUGCAGUAUAUAAUUAAUAGUGGAUUAGCCAACACUGUCAACUAAGCAUACAUUCACUCAGUUGAAGACUUGGGGGCAUAGUUUUAUCUUAAAGAAUCUGUAACACAAUCAAAUGAUGUGUAUUAACUCAGAAAUAAUGCCAAGUGGCAACUAAACUAAGCUAGCAUAUCAUUUUUUUGCUACACUUUGAAAGCGGCAUAUAUGUUAUUCAAUUUAUAUUGCUUUGUGGCAACAGAGCCAAUACAGUUCCUGAGACUAUUGAUGAACAUUAAUAUCUGUUUGGGUGAUAUUAUAGAAAACCAUAAUCUGCAACACCUACCUCGACAUCAGGGAAACACACUUCAUGUAGGCCCAAUCUGUAGGGAUACUUCAGUGGCUAAGACACAACAUGUAUCCUCAUGGUAAUGUUUACUUUCCUGCCUAUGACAAGUUAAAUACUGUAGGUAUAUUAUUAUUGCCAAAUACACCAGAGAAUAGUCCAUGUGGGAAGUUCCCCAUGUCUUUAAGUCCUGGGAAUGUGAAUACUGCUAAGCCUUACUUUUGAACUGAUAGUAUAAGAUAAUAAUUUAGGAGGUUAAAUGGACCGUUUUAUGGAAGUCUUCUUAGCUCUAUUUUAGUUUGAUCAAAACACCGAUGUUCCAUAUGGAAACAUGAACACAUAAGCGCUCCCUUGUGUAUGCACUUAUUAGAGUGGGACAUAUUGGGAACACAAGACAAGCAACAAUCUGAUGUUACACAUGGAGGAAGACGUAUAUAAAUGCAGCCUCACAAUGAUGUGUUAGUUCACAAUAUAUACGGUAGAGCUCCAGGAAUGAGUAAAACAAUAUGGAAAUUAUUUAGCAUUUUUUCGCUUACGGUCCCCUUGCCUAAAAUUCCACGGGUGUUUAGGUAAGAUGCCUUAUAUAAGGCCUUUGCUUUGUUCUACAACAUGGAAUUAGUCAGGCAAUACCCCACACGUGAAUUUUCUAUCUUUUUACGUUUCUUAGAAAGGCAGUUUCUAACAAAUGGCCAAAUAGGACAACUCUAAGUCAUUGCGCUGAACAGUUGUCUGCCCAGAGCUAAAUAAAGUAAUGCAGCCGUGGUGUAGUUCGUUUAUAGUGUGUUUUAACCUCGGGUAAAGAUUAAAAAAUAUGGAACACCUGCAGCAUUGGAUAUAUUAAAGAAAGUCAUAUUAAUGCUACAUACAACAUUCAGUGCAUAGACAUUCAUAAAGCAAUGAAUAAAGCAACAUAAAACAGAAUGUCCUUAGGGUCCCCAUAAGGUAGCUGAACCACUCUUAAGUGUAUUUGACAGUUGUGUUAAUGAGCCUGGGGUGAAGUUUUUCUAGGCGUUCACAUUAUAGAGAUGCUCUCUGACUGCCAUCCUAGCGAUAUUCUACAGCGCAUACAUGCAUAGAUGUAUACUUAAUAAAUCUAUUGUAGCAUAAAUGUGGUGUUAUUUACACUCAACUUCAUCAGUGCUUAAAUUCUUCACGGAGGCUAUUUAAAGGACAUUAGAACAGCGUUACACCCACGCAACUUGUGUCCAACGCUCAUGUGUCCAAGUCUGUAAAUUCUCAGCAUAAUAGUCAACGUUUGGUCACAUCUUACAAUACUUGCUGUUAUAAUGGGGAUGGUUUGCAGGUACUGGUUCUCUAUAUUGUUAUUGUCACUAAUAGUCCAUUACACUGCAUUGCAUACUGUAGGUCACUUACUCAUACACAGGGGAACAUUACAGUUACAGUGGCAAUUCAACUGAGCUAUGCUGGAAUAUUUGUGUCAAACAAUGAACAUGAACAAAUGUUGUCAUGAGCCUGAGGUAAGUGCGGGGGGGUCCAGUGUCCAGUGAGACAAAGCCAAAUACAUCCGUAACUCAAGCAACUGUUGUGUGUGUGCUUUGCUGUGUGAGUCUGUGUGAGUCUGUGUGCGUGUGUGUGUCAAAUCAUAUAAGAAUAUAAUGAGUGCGCAGAUAAUAAUUUGUUAAUAAAGGCCUAUUGUACCUGUAACAAAUCUGUACAAUUAAGAUCUAUUUAAUAUAUAAAAUUGAGAAAUGGAAUUUGUAAUACAAUUAUAUUGCAGAUUUCUUUUGUAUAAUUCACAAAACAUGAUUUUCACAUUUUCCACUGCUUUGUUGUGUGUUUUCUAUAUCAGAUGCUUUAUGUCAGUAUAUGUGCCAUCGAAAGCCAGGCUGGUUUUCCCAACAUGCAACAUAACCUUUCCAUCCUUAAGUAAUCCUUAUGUUCUCAAGAAUCGUGAACAAAAUUGUUUAUUUUUCCAUUUACAAUAUUGUCGUUUUUUCUCCCACAUAUUUUGAUUGGUUUUCUUAAUGAUGGACACUUUUCCUUCAACUGAAUGAGAAUGUCUUUAUUGAAAGAUAAAGUUGCUUAACAUAGGAUUUUUGUCAGGACAAUGUCAUAAACUGUCUUGUUGCCAAGAUUAUCUUUCCCCCGACUGACUUGCAGGACAAAUGGUCUAAGCUGAUGAGGAACUGGUUCAUAUAUUUGUUUAACUAUAAUAAACCUUGGAUUAAAAGCAGAAACAAACAUGGUGGAUGCUUAUCAUCCAUGUCCAGGGUCCAAAAAAAGAAUCCAGCCAUUGUAAAGGAUGCAUAGUACUCCACUCAUCAAUCUCACAUGAGAAUAGUAGCUUCCAUAACAUUUGUACGCCAGCUCACUUUGAAACUAAAUAAAUAUUUGUGACAUUUAACAAUUUAACAGAGUGUAACUUAGGGAACCACUGGGUAAUGUCACGUGUCCGAAAUCUGGUCAGUGUUUUGUACUUUGUCAUGUUGUAAACAUACAGAGCUGACCCUGGACAUGAACCCUGUUUGUUUGUUAUUGGAAUCAGGUGUGUGUGUGUGUGUGUAGAAGAGGCUUGAUGACAUUAAGGGCACAUCUUCUGUCUAAUAUGAUGUAAAUAAAAAACACCAAGUAUCUUUAAUAAGG